GGCAACAAUAAUAGAGAAUGCUGCUUCCAUUUCCAAUUAUUGAACUAGAAAUUGACCUUGCAGUGGCCACUGGGCGCCACCCAUCCCAGUGUGCACUGUUGGUUUCAUGGUUUCUUGGCCUGAGAUCACCAUAAGAAAUGCUCGUCAUAUCUUGGAUUUACCGAGAAAAGGGUCGAGAUAGUCCCCGAGCUACCAAUAUCUGUGCUGGAGCUCCCAGUCAAUGCUCAUUGGCUUCACUAUCCCUAAGAAGCCGUAUGCUUAUGCUCUGCAAAAGCCUUUUCUUUUCAGUACUGACAGUUAGUGUAAAAAUCUCUGGUGAGACUCUGCUUGAAUCAUUAUCUCAUAUGAGGCUGCCGAAAACUGCAUCAUGCGCAAGUAUGCGGCGGUUCAUGGCGGGUUCUUGGGUGGUGUAUCGCGUAUUGUUCGCAUGCGUAAUUACGAUACGGAGGAGGCAACAGAAACAGCCAAUAAACUCGAGGAUAGUGAAAACCGGGCCUGGUCACUUGACACUCCUUGACCAAACACAUGGCAUGUCUGUCUGUCACCGGGACGUUCAGGUAAGCAGGCGUGUAAUCUUCUCCACCGCCACUGGCCUUGAGCAUCCAGAGAGGUCACGGUCUCAAUAAUGCUUCUCGGUGCUGCUUUGCGUACGGGUUCAUUGAGAACGGCGGUUCCAUGGGCUGGCUCCGCGGAUCAUCAAAACUGGGCAAGUGAAGGGGAAAAUACCUACUAAGUUGGUCAGUCUCUGGUCAAUUGCUUUGCAUGGGGAGUGACAGAGCUUUCAAACUGCACAUAUUUGAAGGUAUACGAGAGCUCUCCCGGUUUAUACCUCAGGGUUAGUGGCUCGGUACCCCCGUUAAAUCUUUCAGCUGUAACAGCUUCGCCCAGGAUUGGCCCGAAUUAGCGGGUAAAUCUGGGCAUCAUCAUGCAG